AUGAUGCUGAAAGGUAACGAACUGUGCCAAGAGUCGAAAUUUGCCACGGCACCUGAACACGGGAUGGAACAGAGAACCUCAAAGUCAAAACGACGGAAAGAAUACGCAAGAUCUGCGCGACUUUCCACGCCAUGUAAAGCGGAGAUGUCCCCGAGACGAAGGCGGACCUGCUUUUCGCACACGCAGUUAGCCGGACUUGAGGGAUAUUUCUGUGCCCAAAAAUAUCUCAGCGUGUCAGAUAGAGCAUUUCUGGCCACUCGUCUUGGGUUAAAAGAGACCCAAGUGAAGACCUGGUAUCAAAAUCGAAGGUAA